CCUCGCUCUCUUUCUUUCUAUCCUCUGUAGUGUGUACAACGAGGGUUCCCAUUACAUUUACAGCAGCACAACCUAAAGCAAAUCUUCUUCUUCUUCUUCUUCCAUUUGGCUGUUCACGUCUAAGAAUCUGCAAUACAAGACCUGAAUUCUGUUCUUAGUGGACUGGAGGAUAUGGAUUCGUCUCUACUGCUAUACAACCAGCUCAAGGCAGCAGAGCCAUUUUUCUUGUUGGCGGGACCAAAUGUGAUUGAAUCUGAGGACCAUAUUAUGCGGAUGGCCAACCACAUUAAGACUGUUGCAUCAAAAGUUGGGUUGCCUCUGGUGUUCAAAUCGAGCUUUGACAAAGCCAACAGAACAUCCUCAAAAUCAUUUCGGGGUCCAGGCAUGAUUGAAGGCUUAAAGAUACUUGAGAAGGUUAAAAUAGCAUAUGACAUACCCAUAGUUACUGAUGUGCAUGAAACAGUCCAGUGUGAAGCAGUAGGCAGAGUUGCAGAUAUUAUUCAGAUUCCUGCAUUUUUAUGUCGUCAGACAGAUCUUUUAGUCGCAGCAGCCAAAACUGGAAAAAUUAUCAAUAUCAAGAAAGGCCAGUUUUGUGCUCCUUCUGUAAUGGUAAAUUCUGCAGAGAAGAUUAGACUGGCUGGAAAUCCAAAUGUGAUGGUCUGUGAAAGGGGAACUAUGUUUGGAUAUAAUGAUUUAAUUGUUGAUCCACGCAACUUGGAGUGGAUGAGAGAAACAAAUUGUCCUGUUGUCGCUGACAUAACGCAUUCACUGCAACAGCCUGCUGGGAAAAAGUUGGAUGAUGGUGGUGUUGCAAGUGGUGGUCUUCGUGAAUUGAUACCCUGCAUUGCGAGGACAGCAGUUGCUGUCGGAGUUGACGGGAUUUUCAUGGAGGUGCAUGAUGAUCCUCUGAAUGCCCCUGUUGAUGGUCCCACUCAAUGGCCGUUGCGCCAUUUGGAGGAACUUCUUGAAGAGCUUGUGGCAAUCGCUAGGGUAAGCAGGGGGAAGCAGCCUUUCAAUAUCAAUCUUACACCGUUUCGUGAUUAAAAAAAGAGGCUGCUUUCUGUGGAACAAAAAUUACAACUUUUAGCUGACAGAGCUCAAGCAAUAAUUAUUGGCAGGCAUUUUUUGUUUUCCUUGUAAUUCUCUGGCACUAAUUGUGUUUCAAGCCUUUUGGGCUUUAGAUCCAACUAUUAUUUUUAACACCUUUCAAAUUCAGCCACUGCAAAAACCAUGGAUUUUCUAUGGGAUUGAGUCGGAUCUGAUGAAAUUUGGAAGGGGCCAAAAAAAAAAAAAAGAGUUUUGGGUAUCAUUGUGGAUUCAUUUAUGGAACACAUAAACUAAGAGUGAUGUUUUCAGAGUUAAGUGAGGGAAUGAAUUUCUUUCUUGUAGUGUGUUUUUC